AUGGCGAGUCCAGUUGAGAAUGACUUAUUGGCAUUCCUCGAGCGGGACCGAUCCAGGCUCAUUGCCAUGACGCAGGAGCUUGUCCGGCAACCGUCGCCGAACCCGCCCGGCGACGUGUCCAAGGUUGCCUCUUCGGCGCUCUCGCUCAUACGAGAGGCGAUUCCGUCCAGCCAAGUGCUGGAGUACAAGACUGCCCCGGGGAUCAUCAACAUUGUUGCCACGAUAUCCGGACAAGCCUCUGGCCGGGGCCGGCGACUCGCCUUUUCAGGCCACAUGGACACCUAUCCCGCAGGCGACGAGAGCCAGUGGACACAUUCACCCUUCAGUGGUGCCCUUUCGGCGGAUGGGAAGCGAAUUUAUGGCCGUGGAAGCACUGACAUGAAAGGCGGAAUCGCAGCGUCCAUCCUUGCCGCUCGCGUUUUGGCCGAGCACAGAGACAGGUGGAGCGGCGAGGUUGUCAUCGCGUUGGCCGGCGACGAGGAGACCAUGGGAUCACUCGGCACCGGCUAUCUGCUGGACCAGGUCAUGCCGGUGCGUGCAUGCGACGCCAUGCUCUGCGGCGACGCCGGCUCUCCUGCCAUUCUGCGGACAGGCGAAAAGGGCCUCGUCUGGAUCGAGCUGACCGCCAUCGGGGUCGCUGCGCAUGGUGCACAUGUACACCGGGGAGUGAAUGCCAUUGAGAGGCUUCUCGACGCAAUCUCUGCCGUAAAAGGCCGUCUCGAUAACGUCGACGUUGCCACACCUGCGGAGAUUGGCGAGGCUAUUUCGGCGGCCAAGCCGGUGUCUGAGCCGCUGGGGGGAUCCGGCGAGGAGAAGACGCUGAGGCGAGUUACACUCAACGUUGGCAAAAUCUCGGGAGGCGUGUCAGCCAAUCUGGUCCCCGAUAGAGCCACAGCCGCGGUCGACAUUCGUCUACCGAUGGGUAUCACGGCCGCAGAGGUUAUUGAUCAUGUGCAUGGAGCUCUGAGCGGCUUGGACGGUGUUUCAGUCCACGUCGUGCGUCAGUACGACCCUACGUGGACGCCGCAGACGGAGGAAAUCGUGCGACACUCCGUCGCGGCCGCUCGACAGGUUGUUUCGAGCAAGGCGGUUGUCAAUAUGAGGGUUGGGGCGUCUGAUGCGAGGCUAUUUCGCCUGAAGGGCAUUCCCUCGGUCGUCGUCGGCCUCACGCCACACAACAUGGGAGGACCAGAUGAAUACGUGGAUGUGGAUGAGUUGCUUCAGGUGGCACAGAUCCACCUGCUCACGGCGUGGCGAUACCUGCACGACUAG